UUACAGUUGCUGAUGAAUUAGACGUUUUAGAUGAUGAUCUGCUUGACGAGGUUCUUGAUGAUUUUUCCUCACAACCUCCCACAAAAUCUUCAUCGCCUACCUUUUCCACAAUAAAUAAUAGUAUUCCAAGCAAUUUAUUGCCAAAACUAACAGAACUUACUUCAGACAUGGAUGAAGAAUAUGCAAAAAUUUUAGCAGCAGAAAUGGAAAAAUUGGUAGAUGAGGUGACAAAUAAAGAAUUAAAUGAAGAACUCAAAAGCACAUUACAAGGUUUUAUGAAAUCUGUUGGUGGAAUUAACAACUUAAAUGAUAUAGUAGAUUUUGAUGGUAAAAAUAGUAUUAUUGGUGAUGUUAGUGGUAACAAAAUACGAAAGUCACCAAAUGAAUCCAAAGGUGAUUCAUUUCAAGAUAAAAUUAAUCAAACUAUGAACAAAUUACAAAAUAGUUCUGAACAAGUUGAUGCCAGCAUUACAGAAGAAUCAACAGAUAUACUUAUGGAAGAAAUGUUAAAACAUUUAGAGAAUAUGGGCCUUACAGAAGAUAAUAUUGAUGGAAUGUCGUGA